AUGAUGUCUGCCUAUGUAGACUGGCACAACGGUAAGACCAUUGUCAUUGAAGGCCAAUUACAAGAGAAGUCCUUGGCCGCCUUACCUAACCCAGAACAGAAGUCACAAUCCCUCCCGCACGAGAUGGCCCCUAGCUCCAUCCUCGCCCUCGCCUUCGCGACCAUCGCCGCCGCGGCCCCCAAGCCCCAGGCCGACACUCCCCUUGACUUCGUCAUCAGCGUCUUCGACACGAGCCUCACCUGCGACACCGCUGUUUCUCCUGCAAAGGCGGUCUUUGGUACCGGCUGCGUGAACCGCACCCUUCCCCAGGGUGGCUCUGCCCUCGUGCGCAUCUCGACCUCCUCCCCUCACGGAUACGUCACCGGAUGGUCCGAGGCGGACUGCAAGGGGACCGCGGUCGUUGUCUUCACGACGACUGAUGGCUGCACGAGCUUCGAGGAUGCGUCGGUGAAGAGCUGGAUCGGCGCCGCUCCUUUCGACGAGAGCGGCAAAUAA